AUGGGGCUGGUGUUGAGUGCUGCAACUGGUAGAGGAUGGACAACGGGUUCGGGGAUGGAAGGGCCGCCUGUUCCUGCUGUUGGGAAGGAUGAUCAAUUUGGGACGGGGAAUAUUUCAACUUUUCCGUGGUCGCUCUUUACAAAAUCUCCGAGGAGGAGGAUGCUUAUCGCUUUUACUUGUACCAUCUGUGGCCAGCGAACUACGCGGGCUAUUAAUCCUCAUGCGUAUAAUGAUGGAACUGUUUUUGUUCAGUGUUGUGGAUGCAAUGCGUACCAUAAGCUCGUGGAUCACUUGAACUUGUUUCAGGAGACAAAUUGCUAUCUGAAUUCAAGUUUUAAUUAUAAAGGUCCUGGAUGGGAUGAUCUUAAGUUCAGGUUCAUGGACGUUGAUAGCGACAGCGAUGAUGAUAUAUUCCCAGUUACAUGA